UCUUCAUCAUCACCAACACCAUCGACAAUAUCAUCGCCAUCAACAUCCUUAUCACCAUCAACACCAUUGACAAUAUCAUCGCCAUCAACAUCUUCAUCAACAUCUUCAUCAACAUCUUCAUUACCAUCAACACCAUCGACAAUAUCAUCGCCAUCAACAUCUUCAUCAACAUCUUCAUCAACAUCCUUAUCACCAUCAACACCAUCGACAAUAUCAUCGCCAUCAGCAUCUUCAUCAACAUCUUCAUCAACAUCUUCAUCAACAUCUUCAUUACCAUCAACACCAUCGACAAUAUCAUCGCAAUCACCGUCCUUAUCACCAUCAACACCAUCGACAAUAUCAUCGCCAUCAACAUCCUUAUCACCAUCAACACCAUUGACAAUAUCAUCGCCAUCAACAUCUUCAUCAACAUCUUCAUUACCAUCAACACCAUCGACAAUAUCAUCGCCAUCAACGUCCUUAUCACCACCAACAACACUGACAAUAUUAUCGCAAUCAACAUCCUUAUCACCAUCAACACCAUUGACAAUUUCAUCGCCAUUAAUUUCUUCAUCAUCACCAACACCAUCGACAAUAUCAUCGCCAUCAACAUCCUUAUCACCAUCAACACCAUCGCCAUCAACAUCUUCAUCAACAUCUUCAUCAACAUCUUCAUUACCAUCAACACCAUCGACAAUAUCAUCGCCAUCAACAUCUUCAUCAACAUCUUCAUCAACAUCUUCAUCAAUAUCUUCAUCAACAUCCUUAUCACCAUCAAAACCAUUGACAAUAUCAUCGCCAUCAGCAUCUUCAUCAACAUCUUCAUCAACAUCUUCAUCACCAUCAACACCAUUGACAAUAUCAUCGCAAUCAACGUCCUUAUCACCAUCAACACCAUUGACAAUAUCAUCGCCAUCAACAUCUUCAUCAACAUCUUCAUUACCAUCAACACCAUUGACAAUAUCAUCGCCAUCAACAUCUUCAUCACCAUCAACACCAUUGACAAUAUCAUCGCCAUCAACAUCCUUAUCACCAUCAACACCAUUGACAAUAUCAUCGCCAUCAACAUCCUUAUCACCAUCAACACCAUUGACAAUAUCAUCGCCAUCAACAUCUUCAUCAACAUCUUCAUUACCAUCAACACCAUCGAAAAUAUCAUCGCCAUCAACAUCCUUAUCACCAUCAACACCAUCGACAAUAUCAUCGCCAUCAACAUCCUUAUCACCAUCAACACCAUUGACAAUAUCAUCGCCAUCAACAUCUUCAUCCACAUCUUCAUCAACAUCUUCAUUACCAUCAACACCAUUGACGAUUUCAUCGCCAUCAACAUCUUCAUCACCAUCAACACCAUUGACAAUAUCAUCGCCAUCAACAUCUUCAUCACCACCAACACCAUCGACAAUAUCAUCACAAUCAACAUCAUCGCCAUCAACAUCCUUAUCACCAUCAACACCAUUGACAAUUUCAUCGCCAUUAAUUUCUUCAUCAUCACCAACACCAUCGACAAUAUCAUCGCCAUCAACAUCUUCAUCAACAUCUUCAUCAACAUCUUCAUUACCAUCAACACCAUUGACAAUAUCAUCGCCAUCGACAUCGAAAAUUGAAAUGAAACCUCAAUGA